CUGCGACUUGUGUUCAUUCUCCUCCGCCUCAUCACGAGAGAACAGGAUUCUCCGCUCCGCAUCGUACCUGUCUCAUCAUGCCGUCUAAUGUACAAGGUGGAAAGGCAUUUGGAUUACUGAAAGCCCAGCAGAGAGACAAGCUGGAAGAAGUGAACAGGGAAUUUAUGGAGGACCAGAAGUACAGAGAUGAAGAAGAUUUGGAAGAGAAGCUGGAUUCUUUCAAGAACAAGUAUGCAGAAUUUGACCUGAACGACGAGGGAGAAAUUGAUAUGAUGGGUCUGAAAAGGAUGAUGGAGAAGCUCGGUGUCCCCAAGACCCACUUGGAGAUGAAGAAGAUGAUCUCUGAGGUGACUGGUGGCUCCAGCGACACCAUCAACUACAGAGACUUUGUGAAGAUGAUGCUGGGGAAGCGCUCGGCCGUGCUCAAAUUGGUGAUGAUGUUCGAGGACAAGGCUAACAGCCCCGCCUGCAAACCAGAUGGACCGCCACCGAAACGCGACAUCGCCAGCCUACCCUAGAGAAAUCAUGGAAGCAGAGGCCUCCCAUUCCCACCUAUUUUAAAUCCAGUGAGCUUAAGUGUACAUACUGUAGGGGAAAUUCCCAAGGGAAAAAUCAGAGAUGCCGAAAAAAAACAUACAUUUGCUGUGAAGAGGUCAAACCAUGCAGAUUCGCUUUUUUUUUUUUUUUUUUUUAUGAGACAAGAAAUGUAUAUAUUUAUAUGGAAAUAGGUCUUUUUGAAGUGUACUUAUUCCUUUUUAUGGAGUCAUUUGAUGAAAAUGAACAAAGUGUGUUUGUUAACAGUGCGGUGUGUGUUUAACAUUUGAACGUGGAUUAAGUGUAGUGUGGAAUAAGAGUUUUAUUUCCGAGAAACAUUACAAUAUUUUUAGAACUAAUAUUAAGGUGUUUGUCUCUGAUUCCAUGCCUUUGCAUUAGAUUCAGUUAAAUAAAGUAUUUGGUCUUAAAUGAUCAACAAUCUUUAGCUGCAAUGUCCGGUGAAGUAAGCUGUAAUCUAAUGCCAACUAUACCUACAGGCAGUUGUAUAGCAGGACAGCUAGAGGCAUUUACAUUUGUUGCCACUUUAAUAGGAACAUGUGAUUUCAGUUUUGGUGCCUUCGCUGGAUUGACAUAAGAGACCAGAACAAUCAAGAUGACAGGAAGGCAAAAGUGACUCAAGACCAUAUUGGAUACCUCUUUUGGACAAGAACACGAAUCUGAGGCUACAACUGAAACUAAACUGGGGAUGUUUUUCCUAAUCAUCCACCCAAACUAUCCAAAUUUUGUGCCUGUGCCCAGUGUGGUCUCAGAUUCCUGUUAAAUUCUCAGCAAUGAUGCCAUGGGCAAAAUCACUAAGACCAGUUUUUCCCUAUUCUUAAGCAGACGCGAUCUUGUUACCUGCGUCUGCUUGAUUUUAUUGGAGAAUUUUAUGAAUGAACAUGAUUCUAUGAAAGUGGACAGUGAGUGUAUUUAACCAUUCGUGUUCUUUUAAUAUUCUAGGGAUCUUUUUUGUGUGUCCGCUCAGAAUUCCCAUUACAGAAAGGGGCCAAGAAAGCAAAGGAGGAGGAUUCACAAGCUUUUACUUAAUUAAUAAGUAGCAGGUUUUAUUCCUUCUACUUAAAUACCUCAUACAGUAGCUUUCCAUUUAUUGUUCAUCCUCAUUUAGGUGUUUUUUGUUUUUUUCCCCCAGUCUGUGUGACUUUUCUCGGUUAAAAUGUGAUUAGUAUUUUUAGUGAAACACUGUUAAAAACAAUGUAUAGUUUAUUUCACACAUCUAAGGACCAUUUUAUAUUCGAGACCGAUGCAUCCCACUUGGAAGAAUGCCAUAUUUGUACAUGCAUUUAAAACAGGGUCACCUUCUGCUUACUGUAAAUCGAGCUGAAGUCAGGCUUUCCAAGUGCCUCACGCUGUUCCUAUGUACAGUAGCCAUUGUAAUCUCCGUGUGUGGCGUUUUGUGCAGAAAUCAUUUUCAGUCUUAUUCUUUACUCCCACAUGCAUCUUCUGUUCCACUUACUGAUCGUGACGUUCUCAGACAAUUCAUUCUGUGCUGUUUAUUUCAUCGUGCGCUACAUUAUUUAUCAGUAACAUCUAGCUCAGUAAGUAAUUGUAAUUAAAAGCGGCUGAAUUUCUGAAUGAACUGGUCCCCUCCCACCCCCAAUUUAUUUCAAAUCAUUUUAUAAUUUUAUUAAAUCUUUGUAGAAAUUGUGAAUCUGUUUGGAUUUUUUUAUUUGGAUUUUUUUGUUUGUUUCAUUCCUGUUUAAGCGCAAAAUUUGAAAAUAUGAAUUAGCAGUUGCACUGUGUUUUUAUUUCGAAUUUUUAGAUUAAUAUUAGUUUGUUCUUUCAGCAUAAUAAUGAAUGCAGGCAUUUUUUUUAUACUGUAGAUCACACAGGGUUUAUAUAUAUAUAUUUUUUUUGGUUGGUUGGUUUUUUGCUUUGUUUUUUUGCAAACACCAAAGGAAAUAAAGAUUAUAUGGUGACACCGGAAA